CAUUGAGCCUCCAGAGCUCGAUUAUUCUGCGCAACAAGGACCAGGAGCACACAAACUGGUUUGAACCAACCCCCACAUCGCCUCGCAUCACUCUGGACCACCGCGGCAACCCCCCAUAAUGACAACAUAUCGCACGCUCGACUUCUGGACGCCAGCCCUCCACCCCUCGACGCUCCUCAACGUCUCCGUCGCCGAGCCAGGACCAUCAAGGGACCCGGUGGUGCGCAGCCUGCCGAUCAAGCACGGCGACUUUGAGGCGGUCGGCGCGAUCAAGCGGCUGGUCAAGACCAACGAGGGGUUCCUCGCGGCCGACGACUCGUUCCGCAUCAGCGCACUCACCGUCCCCGUCGCCGAGGACGAGGUGCCGGUCGUCACGUCGCAGAGCCAGGCGAAGGUGCCCUCGCGCGGGCUGAGCGUGUGGACGGGGCUCACGACGAUCGAGGACGGCGCGGCGGCCAUCUCGUCCCUGUCCACCGGCCGGCUGUCCCUCUUCCGCGGCGACGCCAACCCCGUCGGGACUUUCAAGGCCGGCGGACCAGUGCUCGCGACCUCGUCUCCCGGCUCGGGCAGCCUCUUCGCCCUCGGCGGCAAGGAGGUCGAGGUGUCGGUGUGGGACGCGUCGCGCGCGUUCGAGGCCACGGCUAGCAGCAGCGAUAAGCGGAAGAAGGACGACCUCGCGCCCGGCGAGGUCUGGCGUGCAAAGAACGUGGCCCACAACCACCUCCAGCUGCGGCAGCCGGUGCACCACCUCUCGUCAGCGUUCCUCCCCGGCUCGAGCACCGACCUGGUGACGGGCACCAAGAGCGGCGCCGUGCGGCGGUACGACACGCGGCAGCGCAAGCCUGUCGGCGACUGGAAGGUCGCGCGCGAGGGCGGCGUCGGCGCUGUCGCCCCAGGCGCGGAGAACGAGCUCUUCUUCGCCGACCACUCCAACCUCGUCGCGGCGCUCGACCUGCGCACAGGCAGGGUGCUGUACACUGUGCCGGCGAACGCGACGGCCAACGCGCUUCUCACGCUGCCCGAGCCCGUGCCGCGCUUCGCCGAGCUCGCGAAGACGGCCGCCGCUGGCCUCGCGUCCAUUAGCUCGGACGCCACCUUCCGCAUCUUCCAGACCACGCCCCCGCCGGCCGUCAUGCCCAAGGGUAACUGGGCGACGGGCGGCAAGAAGAGCACGGUGCUGUCGAGCGCGUACGGUGUCGGCGUGGGCAGCUUUGUGUUUGCUGGCUUUGGUUCGCGCACCGAGGCCAAGCCCGUCAAGGAGAAGGCUGAGGGCGAGGAGGGCGACGAGGAGGAGGACGAGGAGGUCGACGACGACGAGGAAGAGGAGAUCUGGGAGGGCAUGGACGAGGCCAACGCAGACAGCGACGACGACUCGAGCGAGGACGAGGCGCCGGUCAAGAAGCAGCGCCGGAGACAAUAGCCUGGUUCUAGUUCUGGUUCAUUCGUAGUUCUAUGGAUCGUAUGGUAGC